AUGGCCUAUUUCUUUGCCUCACCAAUCGAUGUGGAUAUUAAGCUGCAAGGGGAGGAUCAACGGAAGCAGGUUGAAAUAAAGACGGAGAAGGACAAGACUGUCUCGUGUCCGGUCUACUACGACGGCGACUCAGUAACUGGAGAGGUGACUAUCCAAGUCCGCGACGGGAAGAAGACGGCGCAUGAAGGAAUCAAGGUGGAAUUUGUCGGCAGCAUCGAGCUAUUCUACGACCGCGGUCACCAUCAUGAGUUUUUGUCUUUGUCGCAAGAACUCGCAGCACCAGGAGAGAUGCGCCAGGCUCAGACUUUCGAGUUCAACUUCAAGAAUGUGGAGAAACAGUUCGAGAGCUACCAGGGAAUCAAUGUGAAGCUGCGAUAUUUCGUCCGUGUGUCUAUCUCAAGACGAAUGGCAGACGUAAUGAAAGAGAAAGACAUCUGGGUGCAUUCAUUCCGUAUGCCCCCUGACAGCAACAAUUCGAUCAAGAUGGAAGUUGGUAUUGAGGACUGCCUACACAUUGAGUUCGAGUAUAACAAGUCUAAGUAUCACUUGAAGGAUGUCAUUGUUGGCAAGAUCUACUUCUUGCUAGUACGGAUAAAGAUUAAACAUAUGGAAUUGUCAAUUAUCCGGCGCGAGACGACUGGUUCUCCUCCGAACCAAUACAAUGAAAGUGAGACUAUCACAAAGUUUGAAAUUAUGGACGGAGCCCCGGUUCGCGGUGAAACGAUACCAAUUCGACUAUUUCUUGGAGGGUUCGAUCUAACGCCAACCUUCCGAGAUGUCAACAAGAAGUUCAGCACGAGAUACUAUCUCAAUCUGGUACUCAUCGAUGAAGAGAAUAGGCGGUACUUCAAGCAGCAGGAAAUCACGAUUUUCAGGAUACCCGAGAAUUAA